GUUAUUGGAGCAGUGUGUGUUUUUAAUGCGUAGAUGUAAAUAUUAUUACUCUUUAUCAAAAGAAUUCUAGAAGCUUUAAGUUAUGGUAAACAUUUCCGACAUGAGUACGGGAAACUAAAAAAAAAUGGUACUAUAGGAUUCACGUCUGGUGGAAGAAGCAACUGGAAAUUCAGAGGAAGAGCUGCCGUGUGACCGGAGAGUCUACUACGUCACACGCCACCGAUUUUAUGCUAGAAGGCUUACCGUGGUACAGGCCGCCACCAGGGGGGAAAGGGGAGGAGAGCACUGAAAGGAAGAGCAGUGACGACAAAAUGGAAAUCCAGCAUUCUAAUAAUAAGCAACCAGCAAAAGAUGCUGUUGACUGGAGAAAGAGGGUCAGAUCAGAAUAUAUGCGGCUUCGACAGUUGAAGAGGUUUCAAAAGGCUAAUGCAAUAAAGUCAUUGUUCUCUUUAAAUCGUUGCAAGCUAAAAGAGUGGACAGAACUUCUAAAUGAAGACUGGAAGAAAUUCCAGAUUCAGCCUAUCCAGCCAAUGACACUUUGUGGUACUCAACAUUUUACAAAGGAGUGUGUUGUAGAAAGUACAUCGUCAAGACUCAGGAGUCAGCGCAUUAUCAUGCGAGGUUUGGCACCGGUUGCUACAGUUCCUAUUAUGUAUUCAUGGUCACCUCUCCAGCAAAAUUUUAUGGUAGAAGAUGAAAUGGUUUUGCAUAACAUCCCUUACAUGGGUGAUGAAGUGAAGGAAGAGGAUGAAGUUUUCAUUGAGGAACUUAUUAAUAACUAUGAUGGCAAGGUGCAUGGGGACCAAGACUGUGGUUUUCUUCAUGAUGAUACCUUUGUGGCAUUAGUUGAUGCUUUGAAUCAGUAUUCAGAUGACGAAGACAGACAGCACUAUCCAGACUCAGAGAGUAAAGAUGAUGAACUAAACAGCUGUUCCACUAGGAGGAGAAGGAGGAGAGCAGAAGCUACUGCAAAAAUGCCAAAGAAGUCAUUUCCAAAAGACAAUGUGUUUAAGGCUGUUUCCUCUGCAUUUCCAGGAAGAGGUUUUCCAGAUGACUUGAAAAGAAGAUAUAAAGAGCUGACUGACGUGUCUAAGUCUGAAGUACUACCGCCUCAGUGCACUCCUAAUAUUGAUGGGCCUAAUGUGAAGUCAGUUCAGCGAGAACAGUCUCUUCACUCCUUUCACACACUUUUCUGCAGGCGCUGUUUCAAGUACGACUGCUUUCUGCACCCCUUUCAUACAAGCCCUAGUUUGCACACAAGAAAGAAUAAAGAGGUAAAAAUUCCAUCAGAACCAUGUGGUGUGGACUGCUUCAUGCGACUGGAUGGUGGCAAGGUGUUUGCAGAGCAUAACAGAUCAGGAUUCAAACCUUCUGCUGGACGUCAGAGAAAAAAGAGAGUUACCAGCUCUAGUUGUUCUGUUAGUUCAGCAUCUACUCUCACAGAAGUAAAAGAAGAUAGCGACAAGGAAACAAGCAAUGAGUACUCCACUAGCUCUUCUGAGGGGAAUUCUCGCAGUCAGACACCCACACAGAUGAAACCUGGCUCUGCACUUUCUGAUUCUUUGGCUACAUCUGAGUCUUUUGAGGUGGUGGAAUGGAAUGGAGCUGAGGAAUCCCUUUUUAGAGUGCUUCAUGGAACUUACUUUAAUGACUUUUGUUCCAUUGCUCGACUGAUAGGAACCAAAACAUGCAAAGAGGUUUAUCAGUUUGCAGUGAAAGAAUCACUUUUGCUUAAAGUUCCUGCAAAAGAUCAGGUAACCUCUCCACAGAAGAAGAAGAGAAAACAUAGGCUGUGGGCUGUGCACUGCAGAAGAAACCAGCUAAAGAAAGAUCCUUCUUCCAGCCAAGUUUACAACUAUUAUCCUUGCAACCAUCCUGCAUACCCUUGUGACAGCUCCUGUCCCUGUGUCAUGGCACAAAAUUUCUGUGAAAGGUUUUGCCAGUGCAACAUGGACUGUCAGAACCGCUUUCCAGGCUGUCGUUGCAAGACCCAGUGCAACACCAAGCAAUGUCCUUGCUACUUAGCAGUGCGAGAGUGUGAUCCUGACUUCUGUCUAACCUGUGGGGCAUCAGAACGUUGGGAUAUUAAGAUCAUUUCCUGCAAGAACUGCAGCAUUCAGCGUGGCCUGAAAAAGCAUUUGCUCCUCGCGCCAUCAGAUGUUGCAGGCUGGGGAACAUUUAUCAAGGAACCAGUACAAAAGAAUGAGUUCAUAUCAGAGUACUGUGGUGAGCUGAUUUCCCAAGAUGAGGCUGAUCGCCGUGGAAAGGUCUAUGACAAAUACAUGUCCAGUUUCCUCUUUAAUCUUAACAAUGAUUUUGUUGUUGAUGCAACUCGUAAAGGUAACAAGAUUCGCUUUGCAAAUCAUUCAGUCAAUCCAAACUGCUAUGCUAAAGUUGUGAUGGUGAAUGGUGACCAUCGAAUAGGAAUUUUUGCCAAACGAGCUAUUCACACUGGGGAAGAACUUUUCUUUGACUACAGGUACAGCCAAGCUGAUGCCCUCAAGUACGUAGGAAUUGAGAGACAAGUGCAAACUAUUUAACCAGCUUCUAUUUACUUUCAUCCCAUUGUGCCAGCAUACAUUAAAUUGCUGCUGUGUGUGAAAGCGCUUUGCAGUACGAAAAACACAGCGCUCAUAGCCAUGCACGCAAAACAUUGUAGAGUAUUUUUUACAGUUGUGUGCAGCAUUAUGUGAUAUUGAAGUACUUUUCUGUGCAAAAGUAGAUAAAAAAAUAACUAGACUGUUACUGAAGUGACUGUCAUCUUGAGUUUGUAUUACAAAUAUGUUUGUCUCUAUUUUUAUGUUAAAAACUGCCAGUUAAUGUCAGCAUGAUCUUGCUUAGGGAAGAAAAAUCUAUGACAUAUUCUUUGUCUAAGUGAGAAAUGUAAUUUUUGUCUAAUGUAGAGAGAGGGUAAUGUAAUGAAAACUUAGUUAUAGUGGCAUAUCAUAAUUAUUCUUCCAUGGCAUUUUACUGAAGUACUUCAUGUAAUGCAGUGUGCUAUUAUAUUAUAUUAUGGUUAGUUACUGUUUUCAAGCAUUGUCACUCUGUUGAUAAUUCAAAUACACCUCCACCCUCUGUCUUUUUUUCCUUGCAUGCACAGUUUCAAAUGUUACAAAUACUUAUUCAAACUGUUUAGUUUAAAACUGCUUUUGUGGUGAACUAGAAGUAAUCCAAGAGUCCACCAUUACAGCGAAAUGAAAUACCACUUUAAAAAAAUGUGUAAACCUAUGGGAAACAUUUUUGUAACAACUGCUUGUUGGGUAAAUCCCUGGUUAGUCAUGGGGUUAAUACUGCCCCAUUUGAUGAUUGGUAUAAAAGUACAGCAAUAUUGUUACCUGA